CCAAAAUGACUAAGAACCAGAGAGUGGCUUUUAGUUUCCAGAGAGACUGGGUGAGGGGAGGGGGGAACCAGUAGGGGAUGAGGUCCAUGGGAGUCCAUCAUCAUGCUGGUGGAGAAGCCCACGCGGAAUAUCGAGGACGUGGAUCAAGGGGGAAACCCCCCAAACCUCAUAGAUGCCAUGUUUCCCAUCUUUCCUCCAAUUUCGGCUUGCCUCCGGAUUCGCAGCCCCGGGACAGAUUCUUGCGGGACCUCGGGCGGCGCCCAGUGCUGCUGUGGACAGCUCAUUCCGCGGCGGUGGCAGCGGCGGCGCCGGGCGAGUCCCCGGCGCCGCCAGGGGGCGAGUAGGGUGCCCGCCGGCUCUCGGAGCGCCGGGCGCGCGGGCGCUGCCCUCCGGGAGGCCAGGCCGGGAAAGGCGCGCCCGCCAGGACCGCCUCUACCGCCGCCGCUGCCGCAGCCUGCCCCGGCCGCUACGUCCAGCCCCGCCCUCUGGCCCGUUCGGCCGCUCUGGGGGCCCCAGGGCUGGGCCGGGCGCAGCCGCUGGGCGCCCUCACAGGUGAUGGGGCAGCCAGCGCGCCCGACUCGGCGCGCCACCGGGCUUUGCAGGGCAGACACCCCGCGCUCCCUUCCCGCCCCUCCGCCGCGCUCUUGGCAGCCCGGGCUCUGCUCUCGCGGCCGCCCGGGUUGCCUGGCCGGUGACUGAGUAGGCCGCACCCUGGGCACAGCAAAUGGAGGACGCUGGCAUUUGAGAGGGGAACGAGGGAGGACGCAGCUCGGCUCCCAGCGUUCUCCCGGGCCCUCCGAAGCGGCCGCGGGCAGUGCGCUGGCGGGUCUCUGCGCCCUGGGGUUCUGGCCGCCCGGGUGCCGGGUGAGGGACCUAGCGCGAGGCCGGCAGGCGCGCACGCUGCGCACUUGCACCUGUUGGAGAGGGCCUCAACCUGCGCGGCCGGAGCGGACCUCCCAGAUAGACGCCACCCCGGCUGCGGUCACCUCCCGAAGCGGCCGCAUUUGGCUUUAGGAAAAUAAAACCAAAAAGUGGGUUUAUAGUUGCACACGUCGACUCCCCUAUGGGACAGCCAGUGAAGACCAUAUUUUGAUGUGGAUGAGCCCAAUAUGUGUGUCUUCGGGGGCCGGUGUAACCCCAUGUGCUGCUGCUUGUUGUGAGGCCAAAGCCUGAGACCUCGGGGGAUACUUGACGUCCCUGCUUUUCUUCGUGGCGCAGGCCAUUAGGGAAGCGGGUCUCUCAGCCUCCACUCUGCCAGCUGCUCCAAAUUCACAGUGGCUGAAAAGCUAAGGCCUCCCAGCAGAGGGUAAGGGGCCCCUUGUGCUGCUGGUGUCAUUGUCCACGACUCAUCACCAUGGCAAGAGAAGUUGGAGACUCCCUGUUGCAAAGGCAGAAGUGUGGCACCAAGCAAAGGUGGUAUCCCUGUGAUCAUUUUUCUGGCCAGGCCUGCAUCCCAGCCCACUCUCGAGCCACCACAGUGCCCUGUGGCCUUCAGACCAGGGCCCCUGGCUCAUUGUGGCGGAGCUGCCCAGCUGAGCAUUUUAUAGAAGAGUUUCCCACAUGCAGAAAAUGCACCAAGGCCUCCGUGAGCUUUUGAACACAGAAGAGGUAAAGACAACAGCAGGACCACCAGGAGCUCCCAGCAAGGGGUGGGUACAGAAAAGGAGAGUGCCCCUGCUUUAGAGCCUGGUGGGCCCUCUCCACUCACUUCAGGUAACUGAGCUCGUCUUCAGGGUAUUAUAAAUGUUCAACAGUUUCUGACUCUCUUAGGUUGGACAACAUUAAAGUCUCCUGGGUAGAUGCUAGGGACACACAUAAUAAUAAUACCACCAUUUAUUAUUCUCUUAAUGUGUGCACUCCAAGCUGAAUGAAUUCUGUGAAUUUUCCCGUUCAGUCCUUACAGCUUUCUAAGAGACAUAUGCUGUCGUUCUCCCCAUUUCACAGCUUAGGAAACUGAGGCUCGGAGAAAUGAAGUCACUAACCCCAGGUCUCACUUGGAUAGUUAGGAUUAAAACAGAUGCCUGUUUGUCUCCAGGGUUCGUACCUUCCAUCCCUCCUCCUACUAUCCCCUAAGGCCCUGAGCUGGGGGAGGGAGGGACAGUAGAGAGGAGGCCAUGCUGGCGGCCACCCUUGGUCAAGUUCAUCCUGCCUCCACACAGGUUGUCUUUCUGGUCUUGGGGACUGUGGCCUGAUGGUAGGCAAAGAGGCCUCCAGAUAUCAUGGCAGGGAGGUGGCGGCUCACCCAUAUUUCUGGUGGCUGAGCUCCCCUGCUGCUUGGGCUAACUGAUUCUGCCCCCCACCUUGAGCCCAGACAGUAAUUUCCCAGACCCUGGCCCCUCGCCCCUAGCAGGCAGGCAGUCAUGAGAUUGGGGACUCACCCAUAAGGUCAGAGAUGCCAAAUAAAAGUGGGCGGAGAACCUGCCAUGGAACCCA